GCUCCGCUGUUCUCAAUUGAAAUAACCUCAAUGUCGACUGAAGUCAAAUAUUGAAAAAUGGGAAUCGCUCUAUACACAAAUAUGGACCGUUAUGAAAAUGACCAUGUGACAAAAAUGGUUCUAUAUAUAUCCAUAUAUAUAAUUAACGAUACCACGUGGUCAUUAUCGUAACUAUAUAUCUGUAAUAGUGUCAUGAAAAUACCCAGAUCUCAUCUACAUAUCAUACACAAUAGAUGGCAAUUUCAGUGUCGGUCUGUAUAUACCCUUCACGGUUAUCAAAAUGAUCUUUUCUUGUCAUUUUUCCUGUAACCGAAAGGGACAUUUCAUAUAAUUUUUGCAUUUUUCUAAGAUGGCGAUUAGGAGUUAUUUGGGUGAGACACACGACUGAGAGCUCCGCUAUUCUGAAUUGAAAUAACGUAAAUAUUGAAAGUAAAAUAUUGAAAAAUUAAAAUGUAUUCGUUAGUGCGUUUCGACAAAGAUGAUUAUGCCAUUCGUUUAACCAGUGAGACAGUUCCCAAAACAAGAAGAACGGUACUUGUUCAUUAUGCAGAUUGAGAGAUUAUUGCUACUAUCAUUUCAACAGGAGAACACAAGAAAUUGAAAAAUCAACUUGAACAGUUAUGCAAGCGAAAAAAAUCAGUUGAUCGCCUUUCGUUGAAAGAGAACCAGCUAAUUGUUUCCAUCCCAAAACUUUCGCGAAUUAGCAGGAAGACAUGCCAGUCAGCUGAUGUCAUGGUAGAUCAUUCAACAAAGACCCACGAUAAGGAUGCAAUAAUAUCUCAGUCACCGGAAAAGAAAGCGGAAACAUGCUUGAAUUUUCUUCAAUCAGGUCCUGACCAGCUCGAUACCAUUGCUUUACGGUCAUCAGCACGCAACUGUGAAGAGAAUAAGGAGUGUACAUAUGAAAUAGACAAAACCAGUUCAUUCAACAUUCCAAUUGAUGAUCCCACUGAGAAGUCAAGGGUUCAAGAAGAGCCAGAUUCAGCUCCUUCUCAGCAGGCGAAUGUAAAUCAUUCUGGUAUUACUGACUCCGAAAUGGCACCAAACCAAUUCAGAGAAGUCUCCAUGCCACAAUUGCCGGACAGAGAAUGUCCAGAAUCGCCUCCUUCAUUGCUAGCACAUCUGGAUAAACCGAAUACUGUUGGCCCAGAAAUUUUGCAGUGUAGUAGCGAGACAUUACGAGUAGUUAGCAAUUCGACUGUGGAUCUCCGUGAACUCCAUACAUUGAAAAUUUCCCAAUAUGAUGCUAGAAGUAAGCCACAGUCACCGGAACGAAACAAUGAAUUAACAAUAUCUGAUGUUAAACAAUGUUUAUCUGCUGAGCCAGAUUCGAAUCAACCAGAAAUCAUAACUCCACAGAACCCAUUGGCUGAGAUUAUUAUGAACGAACCGCCCUCCAUGAACGAGACCACUAUAAAUAGAGUGCUAAAAUCACAGCUCGACUCCUCGACAAUGGUUCCUUGCGAAAAUGGAGGCGAUAAGAGUGGGCCUGGAGCCCAAAUACCAAGAGGGGACGGUGAAGGAAGUCCUGUCUUCCUCCAAAUAAAUCUUGAUCCGUCGCGUAUGGUGACCGUACAAUCUUCAGGAACGGAUAUUGAAAAAAAUCACUUGUUUGGACAGGUAGGAGAUGAAGUUGAGACUGUUUCAUCACCUCAUCCAAUUGAUGAUAACAUCAAGCAACAGCAGGCUAUAGAAGGAGAGUCAGCUGAUAUUCCACCAUUUCGUCCCAUCCAAUCUGAAUCUGCAGCACCAGAAAUUUUAUUAGUUCAAUCGAUAGAAAAAGAGCGCUCUCCUGGAAAGAGAGGAUUUCCAUCAACUGCGAUUCAGCCGUCCCAAAUGCACACGUCUGACGUCAUUGAUUCCGGACGAUAUCAGGAUUUCUUAUCCGAACGUAUGCAGGAGGAAGUCAAGGAACAGGAUGAUACUAACGUCAUUCUGGAUAUAAUAUUGAAUCGUGCAGAGAAGGACGAGCAAUAUCAGGAACCUUAUUCACCUGAAGAAAAUUAUCCACGACGUUCUCUGGAGGAAAUCAUUGACAUCCAAUUAACAGCUAUGGAGCAUAACUAUCCCACGACCAAUAAUCACUCCAAAACAACAAGUGAAAUAAUGAACAGCUUGGAUGACCCGGAAUUGAAUGAAAGUCUCGAAGAUGAACCAUUCAAAGAUGAGAGUAUUGUAGCUAGUUCAUCGUUUGAAACGUCAGCCUACAUGGAUUCACGUUUAUUCCCUCACUUGGAGCUUCCUGACUCACUGGAAGGUGAUAAUGAAAAUCAUCCUCGAUCAGUUUCUAAUUUGGGGAACUAUCAACUUUCGUCCACUCAAACUGACGAAGAAUUCAACAAUCAUAAAGAUACUGAAGAACCGGAGAUAGAUGAGGAAUUCCAGGACGAUGGACAUGAUUCGACAUGGAAUCUGACUAGAGAAUCUGGAAAUAAUUCAACUUUAAUUACUCACGGUGGGAAAGAAACUGAGGACAGUGUCACAGGAGAUGAAUCAUCAUUGAAUAUUACUGAUCAGUUAGAAAUCCCAAACAUCGUAGGGGCAAUGGAUGACAAAGAUCUAUGGGUUCAACCCAGCACAAAUAAAUACAAGCAAAAUUUUUGUUUUUACUGCAAAAAAAUGCAAUCCGUGAUAAGUCAACAUCUCGAAACAGUUCACAAAAAUGAGUCUCCGGUCAAGAAAUUUUCAGUUUUUCCGAAAGGUAAUCCUGAAAGAAGAAAAAUCAUAGAAACCCUACGCUUGAAAGGAAAUUAUUUAUAUAAUACCCAGCAAGUUCACAAUAAAACAGGAGAGUUGCUUGUCUCUCGGCGACCCAAAGAAGAACGGUCUGCAACUUUGUAUAAAAUUUGUCAUAAUUGUACAGGAGUUUUCUCGGCCAAAACAAUUAGACGUCAUCGUCAAAGUUGUCUAGGAGCUUCAACUAGAGGUGAACGAUCGAAUGUCAUUCUUUCAAGGCGAAUUGAAGGGCGAUUACAUGAAAGCGCUAAUGAUCGACUUGCAAGAGUGAUGGCAGUAUUGAGAGAAGACGACAUUGUGAGAUUAGUUAGGUACGAUGAGCUUUUGAUUAAAUUUGGAAAUUGUCUCUGCGAGAAGUAUUACAAACAACAACAAGAGGAGAUGAUCAGAAACCGAUUGAGAACACUAGGCCGAUUACUGCAGACAAUGAAAGAGAUCAAUCCAGAUAUAACAGACUUCAAAUCGAUUUACCAACCAAAACGAUAUGAAAUCAUGUUAGAUGCUGUGAGAAAGCUGUCAGGUUUUGAUCCACUGACUGGAGUACAUCAGAUCCCCUCGCUGGUAACUUCUAUCGGUACUUAUAUUAAGGCCGUGAGUGACCUUCUGAAACUUCAUUGGGUGGAAAAUCUCGACGAAGAAAAAGAAAAAAUUUUUGAUAAAUUUCUGUUUCUUCACACGAUGCAAUACAGUCAAGUUGUUAAUAGGGUCCCGCGAGAGGAUCAAUCCCAAAAACAUCGCCAACAAGUGAAACCCUUACCAACUACCAGUGAUAUCAAAAAAUUAACGGAUUAUGUCAAUAACAAAAUGAUCACUGCCUACGCAAGUCUUAAUGAACAAUAUUCUUAUCAGUACUGGCUGAGUCUAUUGCAAUUCACCUUAAUUUCUAUUCAGAUUUUCAAUCGUCGUCGAGCUGGAGAAAUUGAGAGAGCCUCGACUGCGGACCUUAACGCGCUGGAGAGAAUAUCAGAAACUACCCACCCUGAGAUAUAUGAGAAAUUGUCAGCCACACAAAAAUCUUUGGCCGGAAAAUAUGCACGAUUUAUCAUUACAGGGAAGUUGGGACGUGAUGUUUCUGUGCUGCUCAACUCACAGAUGGAAAAAUCUCUUAAUUUGCUAUUGAAGCAUCGCAGUUCGACGAAAAUUCCAGCAAAAAACCCGUAUAUUUUUGGAAUACGGGGUUUCACUGAUGGCAGAUUUAAAUAUCUUCGAGCUUGUCAGCUGUUGCGACAGUUUGCCGAGGAAUGUGGUGCAGAACAUCCUGACAGACUUCGUGGGACAUAUUUAAGAAAACACGUUGCCACGACUUGUGCAGAAGAAAACAUGGAUGAAAAUAAUAUCACUGAUAUCGCCAAUUUCAUGGGCCACGCCGAAGCAAUUCAUCGGUCUCACUAUAGAAGAUCUGUUGUCUCCAGGGAUGUGCUUGGUGUGGUCAACAUACUGUGCAAAGCACAGGGUGAUGGUCGGAUUCCUGAACAUCAGAGCAAUCAUGGUGCCUCGACAUCAACUGUUCAACAACAACAGGCUAAUGAAGAUAAAUCGGAUGACAAUUCAAGUGAAAACGUCAAUUCAAAUGAGAUCCCGUCAACUUCCUCAAUGCCAUUAUCUCCGCCUACAGGUGUAUCUAAUACAAAUGAUAAUCGAGCAACCAAGAGAAGAAGAGUGAUAUAUUCAUCUUCAGAGGACAGUUCAACCGACGAAAGUAUUAUUCCUGAUCAGAUCCAACCGAUAAAGAGAAAUGUUACGGCAACUGGGAUUCAAAGAACUAAUAAUGCCAAUGAAAAGAAGAGGAAAUUGAGAUGGAGCGAUGAAGAAAAAACUGCAGCCUUCGCUGCAUUUGGGAGCCUUAUCAAAAGCAACAGACUACCUGCGACUACGGAUAUAAGAAAAUUUCUACCUGCUAACCCAUCGAUUACGCGAACUGUAAACCAAAUUAGAACAUGGGCAUCUAACGAAAAGAAAAAAUGUAAUGCCGAUUAUCGAGACUGAAAAUACCAAAGAAGAGUAUUUUGUGAGUUAGUUUGCAUUAAUUAAGCAUUUAUUUUCACAUGAAAAAAUGAGUUCUCUGAACUAUAUAUUAUUCCUGAUGUAAACUAUAGAUAGUAAGUUAAUGUUCUGAAGUUUAUUUUUGAGGUAUUAAAUUUAUCUUUCAUUGCGGAGCUUUAUUAAAAAAGUGAUAGCUGACAGAGUAUCUGUAUUCUACUUGAGACAAGUGAAUAUUCUUUAUUUGUCCGGUAGAGUUGAUCGUUGUUUUAUAUCAAUGCUUAUCUGUGAUAUAGCUAUAUGUCAAUUUUCUAGUUUAUCCUAGUUUUUCAUAAAUUUUAUAUUCACGGAAAGUCUUUUCUAACCGCAAAACAUCGUCAAAUGUCGCUUUAAUAUUAACUAACGACCCGCCCCGGCUUCGCACGGGUGCAAUCCUGAUAGAAAAACUAUGAACGUUGUAUAUAAAAACACAGCGGCUCGCUCCGGCAAAAAAAAGUUAUUGUGGGUUAU